AUGGGAUCAAUUAGCCAAAACUCUACGGUCCUGCGUCUGCUCGACUCUAUCUAUGCGCGGGAUCCAGCCACACUAUACUGUCUUCACCCCGCCUCCUCUGAAGUCGCCGAUGGAUGGGUCGAUAUCAGCAUUGCUGACGUGGUGGGCGCGACAAACCGUCUCGCGCUUUGGAUCCACGAAAAUGUGGCCUCGGCGGAUGAGCCACAAGCUUUGGCGUAUAUGGGUGCGAAUGACAUUCGAUAUUGUGCGUUUGUCUUUGCGUGCAUGAGAUUGCGCCAUACGGCUGUGCUUCUCUCAUCCAGAAACUCAGAACCAGCGUCGAGCCAUGUCCUCAAUGCCGUGAAUUGUUCCAAGUUUAUUUACACGCCUGAACGAAGUCGACAGGUUGACGAGAUCAAGGCGGCCAAUUCAUCGCUGCAGUCAUGGCUUGCACCAGAUCUUUGGGACGUAUUCGGCCGUCAAGCGACUGCUCCUGUGCCUACCAUCAAAGAGCAUGUGGAGGACCCGGAAGACCGAGUUGCGGUCUACAUUCAUAGUUCUGGAACAACAGGCAUGCCCAAGCCUGUCCCAAUGACAAAUGGCUAUUUCAUUGCCCUGCAAAAGAUUUGCGAAUUACCAACCCCCGAGAACCGGAUCGGAAGUAUCGUUGCCGUUGCAGGAAAGGGCAAGCGAGUACUUUCCGUCAGUCCGUUCUUCCAUCUUAUGGGGAUGUUCAACAUGAUGAUCCCAAUUUUGGCAGAUACGCCAUUCGUGUUGACUCACGAGAAGCCUCUGACGGUUGAUAUCUUGGCGCAAGUUGUGAAACAUGGCCAGCCCAAGACUGCUAACUUGGCACCAUCCAUGCUUGAAGAGCUCUCCACAUCCGAGCUUGGCAUGGAAUGCCUGAAGACGUUUGAUAUGCUUACCUUUGGUGGUGCACCUAUGGCUCGGGAAGCCGGUGACCGCAUUGCAGAGGUUGUCCAUCUCCAAUCCGUGCUUGGAUCUAGCGAGUGUGCUAUUUUCGGCGCUUUGAAAUAUCAAGAGAAGGAUGAGUGGCCGUAUCUUGAGUUCAACCCAUUUGCUGGGUAUGAAAUGCGUGAUGCGGGAGAUGGACACUACGAGCUUGUAGUCCCGCGGGGUGAAAAAGGGAGCAGUCUGCAUGCCGUAUUUCACACGUAUCCAGACAAGGCAGAGUAUCAAACUGGAGACCUCUUCACUCCUCACCCAGAAAAAGAAGGCCUCUGGCUCUAUGCCGGCCGGCGUGACGACGUGAUCGUUCUGAGCAACGGUGAAAAGUUCAACCCAAUCAAUAUGGAGGAGGUAAUUUCUGGCCAUCCCCUCGUUGCCCGAGCAGUCGUUGUCGGUCAAGGCCGGUUCCAAUCCGGUGUUUUGAUUGAGCCCGUUUGGGAGGCAUGGACUGGCGAACCCAGUGCUUUGGUUGAGGAGAUCUGGCCGUUUAUAAAAAAGGCAAAUGAAGCGGCCCCCGGUCAUGCCCAGAUAAUGAAGGAUCGUGUCGGAAUUGCCUCGCAAUUUACGCCGUUCCAAUUGACGGCCAAAGGCACCAUCAAGCGACGAAUGAUUGUCAAUGACUAUGCGGAUGAGAUUGAUGCCUUGUACGCUGAAGCCGACCAGCUUAAUGUCGCCCAGAUCUCCAAGGCUGCUAGUCGAUCGGACAUUUCGGACUAUGUCGCAUCAGCUCUGUGUAAUAUCCUAGAGGUGAAAGACUUCGAUCAAAACGUAGACAUCUUUGCAUCUGGUCUGGAUUCCCUCCAGACCCUACGCUUGGGCCAGAUCCUGCAAGCUUCCCUGCAAACUGCUCGUCCUGACCUGGGGCCCGCAUUCACCAGCCCGCAGCUAUAUUCGCUGCCAACAAUUGCUCAACUCACCGAGUAUAUCUAUAACAUUCUGCAAGGGCAGGAUACAGCCCCUGCUACUGCGGUAGUCGAGACCGACAGCGACCGAGAAGCAAGGAUCGCCGACCUAGUCGGCAAAUAUUCCGAGGGCUUCGGUCAGAAUCAUGCUGUCAUUCUCACUGGUUCAACGGGCUCGUUGGGCUCCUAUUUGCUAUCCGAGCUGAUCCGCGACUUCAGCGUCACCAAAAUUUAUUGCCUCAAUCGGUCGGAAGAUGCUGCUCCAAGACAGCUCCAGAGUCUCCGCGAAAAGGGACUAACUACGCUUGACCGAUUCCCCCAACGAGUCGAGUUCCUUCAGGCUCAGUUUGGUGCUGAGAAGCUGGGACUUGAUGAAGCCAAGUAUGAUGAGAUGUUGCAGGAGGUGGACACUAUCAUUCACAAUGCCUGGAAGGUGAACUUCAACCACCGAGUGGAAGCCUUUGAGAAUCCGCACAUCGAGGGUGUGCGCCGUCUGGUGGAGUUUAGCGUUGCGAGCGAUAAGACAGCCCAUAUUCACUUCAUUUCAUCAAUUUCCACCAUUGAAGGAUACAACAAGGGUCCUUCUAUCCCGGAGGUGAUCUUCGACGACCCCAGUUCCGUGCUCCGGCAAGGGUACGGCGAGUCGAAGCACGUCUCCGAGAGGAUCUGUGCUAUGGCAUCAGCCAAAUGUGGUGUUCCGACCAGCAUUCAUCGCGUGGGCCAGAUUGGAGGCCCAACCACUGAGCUGGGAAUGUGGAAUAAGCAGGAAUGGGUGCCGUCGCUAGUUGCAACUGCGAAGACCAUCAAGCAGAUUCCGGACUCACUGGGUUCGGUUUCGGUGCAAUGGGUUCCAGUGGACGUCUGCGCCAAAGUUAUCACCGAUGUUGUUCGCACCCGACGCUCCACGCAGGAGGAUGAGCCAUGUGCGGCGUUCCAUAUCGUCAAUCCCAAAGUCGCUGAUUGGCAAUCGCUUAUCCCGGCUGUGACGAAGCAUUUCGAUGUCGAGCCUGUUGAUAUUCAGACUUGGAUCGCAACGCUGGAGAGCUUCACCAACCCGACAGAAGAUGAUUUGCGUGACAAGCCUGCUCUCAAAAUUUUGGACUUUUUCAAGGCGAUCGCAUACUCGAAUGAGGCGGGGCCAUCAACGGAGACGACAAAAACACAGGCUGCCAGCAAGACGUUGCGACGACUGCAAGCGAUUGAUGCUUCCUUGAUGGAGAGGUGGAUCAAUCAGUGGAACUUCUGA